GAGUGGGAGUGGCGCGGGCGCCCCCCGCCGCCCUGUCCCUCCCCUCCGCGUUCCCUCCCUCUUUCCCUCCCUCCCUCUCUCCCUCCUCGCACUCCCCGGCUCUGGCCGCGCGCUGGCGGGGCUCCGCAUUGCACACUCUGGGGGCGCCGCAGUGUUCGUGGGAUGGGGCAGCGGGCUGCCGCUGGCGGCCGGAAUCCGCGUGCAGCCCGGGUGAGAGUCCUCUUUCGUCGUCCUAAGUCCCCACUCCUGGGCCCCCUGGAUGAGUGACUCCUGGCUCUGCCAUGGAGGCUGGCCCUGCCCUGGCCUGGCUCCUGCUCCUGAGUCUGCUGGCUGAUUGUCUGAAAGCUGCCCAGUCCCGAGACUUCACCGUGAAAGACAUUAUCUACCUCCACCCUUCAACCACACCAUAUCCUGGUGGAUUUAAGUGUUUCACCUGCGAAAAGGCAGCAGACAAUUAUGAGUGCAACCGAUGGGCACCAGAUAUCUACUGUCCUCGAGAGACUAGAUACUGCUACACUCAGCACACAAUGGAAGUCACAGGAAACAGCAUCUCUGUCACCAAGCGCUGCGUUCCACUGGAAGACUGCUUGUCCACUGGCUGCAGGGACUCCGAGCAUGAAGGCCACAAGGUCUGCACUUCCUGUUGUGAAGGAAAUAUCUGUAAUUUGCCACUCCCCCGGAAUGAAACUGAAGCCACAUUUGCCACAACAUCACCCAUAAAUCAGACAAACGGGCACCCACACUGCAUGUCAGUGAUAGUGUCCUGCUUGUGGGUGUGGUUGGGACUCACAUUAUAGUUGCUCACAGGCACCAUGGGUAGUGGCAUCCACCAGGAUUUCCAUGGUCCCUGGUCAUGCAUGAGUCAUUGGCCUGACCGUAGUUACACAUGUAAAACCAUAGCACUCACGUCUUCAUAGCCAAGCACUUCCACUUACCGUGAGGAACAAACAUUGCUUCCAUGUAGUCAUUUCAAGUCCAAGACCUCAUCAAAGCAGCCUGCCUCCAGCACAGCCCCUGAGUUCUCCAUAAACCUUUGUCUUUCCUCCAAGAAAUAGUUCUGCAUUUACUAAGAUGUAGGGCUCUAAUUUAGAAUACAUGCACAAGCCACGGGAGGCUCUGAGACUCUCGGGGAUGUCAGACUAGAUGGUAUGUGGACACAUAUAGAUCUCUGUUCUUCAGGAGAAAGGUAUGGGACCACUGGGUUAGGUCCAAUCAUGAAUUCAUUUAUAGCUUUAGAGUUUUAAAACUUUGAUUCCCAAAUGAGUGGACUCUACCUGGAGCUUCUGAUCGAGUCCUUAGAAAAAUGGCAAGCAGUUUGUCCAAUUUAAUUGUCCUAAUCUUCUCGCAGUGAUGGGAACCACAUUCCCUCCUCUUGUGUGAAACAUAAAGUAGGCAAUCAUAAAAGUUUAUUGUAUGGGAGGAGGGACGGCUGGAGAAAAUUUUCCCAACUUAAUGGAAAUAGCAUCCAUAAGGUGGCCGUUUAUCCCUUCGUGUAAUUGGCAAAAUUGGCCUUGAUUUGGCGCGUAAUUGUGCUCCAUGAAUUCCUGGAUUAUACCUGGACCAAUAGGUGACCAAAGAGUCUGAAAGCAGAGUGGGGUUAUUUCCUCCAAUCAUGGGGUACUAUUCAGGCGUAGCUAAUAGAGACAGAGAGAGGAUUUCAAGACAAAAGGAAGAUGUGUGGAGUUGAUCCUAGUUUGUUGUGAGGACCCAGUAAGUGUCUCCACCAAAUCUUUCAUCUGCAAUUUAUGCUGCCAAAGGGCCCUCCCCAUUCUUCCUCUUCCAAGUCCCCAACGACUUCAGGGAGAAGGUUCUGUAUUACGUUAUGUCAAGAUUGAUAAGGAAAGAAGACCUAAUAUCCAGAAUGAGCAGUAGGUGGAACAGUGGGGUGAUGAUGAGACUAGUAAAGAGACCCAGUGAGAAGUUUUUAUUUCUUUUAGAUGAUCACUUUUGAAAUAUAUGGUAAAACUUUCACCAUCCUUCCUAUAUAUUUGGCACCUCAAGUUACACAUUUUUCUUCUUCCUUAUAAAUCAUUUAUACAAUAUUUAUUUUUGUAUGGCAUAACUAUAAACUAAAAUAUAUUGAAAAGAUUCUUUAUUCUGAGCAAACGAUCAAAUUAGAAUACAUAUUUUUCAACAGUGGUAGAGCGUGUAAUAUAUGUUUAUGGAACGUUAUCUAUAAUACUUGCACCAGUGUUGAAAAAAAGUUAACGUUGUGAGCAAGAGUAAGUAAUAUGUUGGCCUCAAGGAUUUUGCUCAUGGUCUCCUCAGUGGUGUUGUCCCAGAAGUAUUUGGGGCUGGGGUGACAUCACUAGUUUCUCUGCAGGGUUAGGGGGCACAUUUGCAUGAACUUUGGUGCAGUCUUUGCUGGUCAGGAGGAUAGUUUUGUCAUGGUCCAUCUGACCACCAGCACAGGAAAAGGUCUCGGGGUCAGAAAAUGAGCCCCUCUCAGGGACCAAACAUGAACUGACAGCAGUGACUCUGCAUUGCAUCAAAUGGCCUUAAUUCAGAGUUGGGUAGGCUUAGCCAUAUGUUGCUUACCCUUGGGGUGGGGGAAGUAGAGGGGGAGAAAGCAAGACAUUUAUUAAGCACGUCUUAUGUGCCAGACACUACGCUAAGCACUUUACAUGAUUUGGGUCGUGUGGUCCCUGCAAGAACCCUGUAAGGAGUGUUACUGGUAUUUACACUGUACACAUGAAGGUACUGAGCUCUAAGAAGCUCGACAACAUGAAGCCUUUCCUUCAGUUUAGGUUAGAUGGGGGGAGGUGGGGUUGAAGAGGAAGGGAAUGUGGAAUUGCCACCCGUGCGAAAAAUUCCAGGCAUCAUGAGCACUUGUCCAUCUUGUGGAGUUUGUCUAGCCCUGCUUCUACAGGAUGUCACUUGUGUGUCCCCAGAUGAUGUUUUGUUUUGUUUUUUUUUCUUUAGGGGGAGGGGGUGGAGGCAUGGCUUCCUCAUUCAUUCCUCUUGUUGUCAAAGAGGAGACAGGUUGGUCCAACAUCUGAAGAUGGUAGAAGACAAUGACAAUUUGAUGUUGUAUAUACCCACAACUACAUUUUUCUGCAUGGGUCACUCUCCACGGACACUUUCUAAAUACUGCAUGUGAUUAGAAUAAGACAGAAAGUCCAAAUCUUGGUUCUUGGAGAAAGCACCACUCCAAAGCCUCCCUGGCUGGUGUGCAGGGACCAGGUCCACAGCGGGGAGGACUCAUCCGCCACCCACAGGGUACCUGCAAACUCGACCCAGAUGUGGCUGUGUGUGCCCCAUAUGCCUGUCAGAAUGGCUGGCAUUUCAUUCUCUUCAAAGAAAGUCGUUUUCUCACCAUCCCCAGCCUCAAGGAGCCAAGGAAUGGCCAUUCAUGUGGAAGGCCCAGGACUGGUCAUCCAUCUGACUUUUCUACCACAUCAAACCCUCCAUUAAAUCCUACCGUAGGUGACGGCUUGAAGUGCAAAGAGCCACAUGUGUAUAUUAACCUAUGUGCCCCUUAUUUAUUUUUAGACUCCCCACAGCAUUCAUGUCAAUAUGGGAUUAAUGCCUAAAUUUUGUAAAUACUGUACAUUUUGUAAAUCAACGAAUAAAGGUUUUAAGUGUA